CGAGCACCUCGGAAGAGUUCCCAGUCUUCCACAAGAUGAACCCUGUUUACAGCCCCGUCCAACCUGGGGCUCCCUACGGAAACCCCAAGAACAUGGCGUAUACAGGUUAUCCAACGGGAUAUCCCACAGCUGCCCCAGCCUACAACCCAAACAUGUAUCCAACCAGCAGCCCCGGCUAUGCCCCAGCCACACUUCUGAUGAAGCAGGCCUGGCCGCAGACGUCCUCCUCUUGUGCCACCGAGGGCACCUUCCACCUCCCGGUGGACACUGGGACCGAGAACAGAACUUACCAAGCUUCUUCUGCAGCAUUCAGGUACACCGCGGGGACUCCGUACAAGGUCCCGCCGACCCAGAGCAACAACGCGCCUCCGCCCUACUCGCCGUCUCCGAAUCCGUACCAAACGGCCAUGUACCCCAUCAGAAGUGCCUAUCCCCAGCAGAACCUGUACACCCAGGGAGCGUAUUACACCCAGCCCGUGUACGCGGCGCAGCCCCACGUUAUCCAUCACACCACCGUGGUGCAGCCCAACAGCAUCCCGUCGGCGAUCUACCCGGCCCCCGUCGCUGCGCCCCGGACUAACGGCGUGGCCAUGGGCAUGGUCGCCGGCACCACCAUGGCAAUGUCAGCAGGUAAGGUGGGCCUCGGCGGCCCCUUUUCCGAAGCCUUCGUAUCUGUCGUUAGCAGCGGCUCAAGAAACAAUUCUUGGCGCCGUGCGUUGAAGUAGGCCGAGGGAUGCGCUUGUCUGCAGCAGCUGCGAAACAGAAGUCCGUUGUGGGCUGCGGGCUCCGUCACAAGGAGAGACGUCGCAGGCUACGUAUUAGGAAAAGGCCGCUGGGAGACGGUCGCUGGUGCUCACCCGUUCGGGGGUUCCCGCGGCGUCUGCGGGUGCCGCGCGGGCCGGCGCCUUCGGGAGGCUGGGAGAGGCGGCGGGUUGCUGGCAGCUUCUUCCAUUGGCCUUCGGAGAGACAGAAGAUCGGAAGGAAGCGAGUUAAGGGGCGGAAAGUAGGGUGUGAAAUAGCGCUCUGUGAGCC